AACAACAUUCGUCAAAAUGAGGGUUACAAAUAUCAAAAUGUUGUUGCUUUACGUGACAUUCAUGAUGAUUAUUGAUCAGCUCAAUGCAUUUCGGGUAAGACGAAGUAGUGGGGAGAGCAGUGGCAGUAACAACAGUGGUCUUAGAGGGGGCAAAGAAUUGAACAAAAAUGGAAAUAGUGAGAGCAGCGGCGGUAUCAAUGAAAACAGCACAAGUGGGAGCAGUGACAGAAGCAGCAGUGGCAGUAUUAGCAGCAAAGACCUUAGAAUAAGUGACAUUAGCAGUAGUAGCAGCAGCAGUAGUAGUAGCAGCCGUAGUUCUGUCAUCAACAGUAGCAGCAAUGACAGAGGUGUUAAAAGUAGCAGUAGCAUAAGCACCAGUAGCAUAAGCACAAGUAGUGGCAUUAGUAUCAGUGACAUUAGCACCAAUGACAUUAGCAUCAGUAGUGGUAUUAGCACCAAUGGCAUUAGCACCACAAUUGGCAUUAGCACGAAUGGAAUAGGGAAUAAUGGCAUAAGCACCAAUGGCAUAAGCAGCAGUGGCAGUGGUAGAAAUUGGUUACGAGAUUUUAUAGAGGGAGCGAAGGAGAUGCAUAAAGCCUAUACAGACAUGAUAGAGGCCAACUGGAAAGACUCUGACAAGUACUUCCACGCCAGGGGCAAUUAUGACGCCGCACAACAUGGAACUGGUGGGAGACAUGCAGCAAAGGUCAUCAGUGAUCUACGUGAAGCUUAUGGCUGGCUCAAGGGUGACAGUGCCGCAGACAGAGCCGCUGACCAAGAAGCUAAUAAGCAUGGCCGCAACGGAGGAGAUCCGAAUGAAUAUCGCCCAAAUGGACUGCCGGACAAGUACAAGAGAUAGAUUGUUUUUGAAUCUUCAGUUACAAACUUCUAUAUUGUAUACAGCUAUUGUUUUAUAACUUGUCUUUAAUUACCUUAAUGUAACAUGUAUAUAAUUAUAUAUGUGUGUGUGUGUUUCUCGUCAUAUGUCACAAUAAUAAACGUUACACAUGCCCUGUAGGAGCUUUGUACAAAGCUUUAUGGAUUGCAGAUAUAAAAAUUCUUCAAAACAUAUCCUGCGGACACCAAUAAUUUAAAACAAAAUCGAUGGUUAAAAGGGGACAUAAUUCUAUCAAUAAUAAUUUAUCU